AUGGCUGUGUGUGAUGCAAAACUGAAAUUCAUUAAUAUAGUAGCAAAGUGGCCUGGAUCAUCACAUGAUUCGUUUGUAUGGAACAAUUCCACCCUUUGUCAACUUUUUGAAAACAAGAACAUCCCAAGAGGAUGGCUUUUAGGUGACAGUGGAUAUCCACUUAGAACAUUUCUACUUACACCUGUUAUGAACCCAACCACACCCAAGGAGAAUGCCUAUAAUACAGCACACAUAAAAACGAGAAAUGUAAUUGAAAGGUGUUUCGGAGUGUGGAAAAUGCGCUUUCGCUGCAUGGACACUUCUGGUGGUACUUUACAGUUUUCAACCAAAAGAACCUGCAACAUCAUAGUGGCGACUGCAGUUUUGCACAACAUUUGUGUUGAAAACAGAGUCCCAGAAACACAAGGCAGGCCUGUUAUUAAUGACGGUAAUGACUGUGUAUAUCGUGGAACCCUAAAUGAUGGAAAUGACAAUAGGAGACGGUUGAUUGAAGCUAGGUUUUAG